CGUAGUUUCUGAGGUGGGCGUGACUCCGAAUAGCCUCAGCUAGCUAAUGUUAGAGGAAAAUCCAACCAGGGAAUAUUUACAAAACGAAACCAAAUAGAUUGAACAAAACAGGGAGACGACAAUACUUUGCUGCAGGAGGUUUACCUGCAACCCUUAAAAGAUCCAAUGGCUACUGACACCCAGGAGCCAGCAUUAGCUGAAAUCCCAGACACCGCAGUGACCUCGGAACAGGAUGCUGCUCCAGAUGUCGCCCCGGCUCUGCCUACAGACCCAGAUGUGGCCCCAGUCCUUGUUCCAGGUUCUGAGCUGCCCCCGGCCCCUCUGCUGCCAAACAGCACCAAGAAUCCCAGCUGCAAGAUCAUGACCUUCCGGCCCACCGUGGAGGAGUUCAAAGACUUUGCCAAAUACAUUGUCUACAUGGAGAGUCAAGGAGCUCACCGUGCUGGCCUGGCAAAGGUGAUUCCCCCUGAAGGCUGGAAGCCACGGAGGUCCUACGACACCAUUGAGGGCAUGGUGAUUCCAGCUCCCAUCAUGCAGGUGGUGACCGGACAGUCGGGUCUGUUUACCCAGUACAACAUCCAGAAGAAGUCAAUGACAGUGGGCGAGUACCGCAAGCUGGCCAACAGCAAGAAGUACUGCACACCACGGCACAAAGACUUUGAUGACCUAGAGAGGAAGUACUGGAAGAACCUGACAUUUGUGUCACCCAUUUAUGGUGCUGAUGUCAGUGGCUCCAUCUAUGAUGAGGACAUUCAAGAGUGGAACAUUGGCCAUCUCAACACGCUGCUGGAUAUGGUGGAGCAAGAGUGUGGCAUCGUCAUCGAGGGUGUCAACACUCCCUACCUCUACUUCGGCAUGUGGAAGACCACAUUUGCCUGGCACACUGAGGACAUGGACCUCUACAGCAUCAACUACCUGCACUUUGGACAGUCAAAAUCCUGGUAUGCCGUCCCACCUGAGCACGGCAAGAGACUGGAGAGGCUGGCACAAGGCUUCUUCCCCGGCAGUUCCCAAGGCUGUGACGCCUUCCUUCGCCACAAGAUGACGCUGAUAUCUCCAUCCAUCCUGAAGAAAUAUGGCAUUCCUUUUGACAGGAUAACUCAGAAUGAAGGGGAGUUUAUGGUCACCUUUCCUUAUGGCUACCAUGCUGGCUUCAACCAUGGCUUCAACUGUGCAGAGUCCACAAACUUUGCCACCCUGCGCUGGGUGGACUACGGCAAAAUGGCUACCCAGUGUACCUGCCGUAAAGACAUGGUGAAGAUCUCUAUGGACGUGUUUGUGCGCUGCCUGCAGCCGGAUCGCUACGAGCUGUGGAAGCAGGGCAAAGACAUCACAGUGUUGGACCACCUUAAGCCCACAGUGCUCAACAGCCCCGAACUAGAGCGCUGGAGGGAGCAUCGUGUAAACUACAGAGCAAAUGUCCUGCGAAAGGCCAUGCAGAAGAUGAAGCAGGUGCGUCGUCUAAAGCUGGAGGAGGUGAAGGUGCUGGCACAGGAAGGCAUUGAGCUGAAUGCUGCCGAGUACCAGCGUCAGGUGGAGGAGAAGGAGGCCCAGCGGAGGCAGGAGAGAGAGGAGCGUCUGGCCAAAGAGGCCAUUAUGACCCUGGAGGCCAUGGAGCGUGAGGAGCGCGAGGCUGCCGAGCGUGAGGAGCGCGAGGCUGCCGAGCGCACUGCUAAAGAAGCGGAGACUCCAGCUGUAGAGGCACAAGAACCCAAGGCCAAAUCAGAGAACCUGAUCGAGGACCCAGAGAAAAAGAAGCAUAAAAAGCCAAAGAAAAUUUCAAAUAUCCACAACGCCAUCACUGGGUUCGAGGAAGCAUUUGAGCAGUUUGCUACAUCCAACAUCAAGACUUCAAAGAACACCAUGGCCAGUCAUUCAGAGCUGGGGAACCUUCUUGCUCCGAGACAGAGUGAUAUCCCAGCAGACAACAAGCUGGAUGUGAGUGCCACCCAGGCAUACUCCAAGGUGAAGAUGCCAACAGAAGUAAAAAAGAGUCGCCGUCACCCCCUCAGCAAGCCACCCAUGCGCUCCCCUCUGUCUAUCCUCAAGCAAGACCCAACCAGCGACAAAGAACUGUCCUCUCCCAUGCCGCUGCACAGUGACAUGAAGAAACAGGAGCACCUGUGGCAGAAUCACUCGCCCAACUUCCUAGCAGAAAAGGCCUUCAAUGCUGCAGUGGCAGCACUGCAACCACACUGCGCUAUCUGUUCACUCUUCUGUCCCUACCCAAAGCCACAUAAAGACGCUUUUGUUGCGAAUGACACCCAACGUGCUUCCCUUCCCCGUCUGACUCGUCCCCUGGUCCCAGAGAUGUGCUUCAGCGUUGGUGCAGGCAACACUGAGCCUCCGCCCACCAACUAUCACAUUGGAGAGGAUGGAACCAGUCCUCUGCUCUGCUGUUCAUCUUGCCACAUGCAGGUUCAUGCCAGUUGUUACGGUGUAAAGCCAGACUCCGUCAGCGAUUCCUGGAUGUGCUCCAGGUGUGCAGCUGGAGCCUGGACAGUGGAGUGUUGUCUCUGUAACUUGCGGGGAGGAGCUUUGAAGACUACCACAGACAACCGGUGGGUCCAUGUCAUCUGUGCAAUCGCUGUAGCUGAAGCUCGCUUCGUCAACGCCAUUGAGAGGGAGCCGGUGGACGUCAGUGCCGUUCCCGAUACACGCAAGAAUCUGAAGUGUGUGUUCUGCCAUGGCAAGACUGCCAGUCAGAACCGCGGCGCCUGCAUCCAGUGCUCAUUCGAGAACUGUGCCACUUCCUUCCACGUCACCUGCGCCCAAAUCGCCGGAGUAGUCAUGACACCAGCCGACUGGCCCUACGUGGUGUCCGUUACCUGCCAAAAGCAUAAACGGGUCCAUCCAAAGCCUCGGACAGCACCCAAAGGCCCGCAGCCUCUGAACCUGGGCCAGAGGGUGAUUGGACGCAACAGUGACGGCUGGUACUACCACUGUACCAUCAUCGGCAUGGCAACGCAGACGUUCUACGAGGUCAACUUUGAUGAUGGCUCAUACUGUGACAACCUGUUCCCAGAAAACAUAUUAAGUCAUGACUGCCUGCGUACCGGUCCUCCUGAGGUGGGGGAGUUGAUUGUGGUCAGCACGACUGAGGGUCAGGUCGUCAACGCUUCCUUUGUCAGACAGCACACCCACAAGUCCUACCAGGUUGAGUUUCUGGACCAAAGUCAGCUGAUACUAAAACACUCCGAGAUCCAUCAGCUUGACCAGGAACUGCCCAAGAGGGUCCGAGCCAGACUGGCCAUACCUAUACCACAGGAGGGGGUUUCAUCAGCAGAUGAAGCCCAAGCAGCCAAACGCCGCCGCCUGCCGUCUGGCCCAGCCCUGCACGCUGAAACCCCCAUGGAGACAGCCAAUAAACCCGCCUACACCCUAACCACAGCCCCAGUAGCAGCACCAGCAGCAGAACAUCAAAGUAUUCAUACACUGCCGACCUCACAACCUUUAUCCCAGCCCAUCACAACCUCACAUGAUGCCCCCGCCCCAACCACUGGUAUUCAGAUGGACGCUGAGACCCCAAUGGACACGAGCGUCAACCUCGCUGACGCUCUAACUGAGUCAAGCCUGGCCUCGGACCCCAUGCUGACUCUGCAGUCGACCCCUUUUUCAGUCGAUGUUUCCUACAUGGAGAGCCUCCUCCAAUCACAUUUUCCUCAGGACAGUAGCCCCGGACCCCUGUAUUAAAAAAACGACUCCACUAUAUUAUUACCCGGCCAGUGGAGGCUGAGCCAAUAGGAAGUAAGCUAAUGGAGGUGGAUUCUACGGAGUGCUGUAUUAUGGACAAAAAAAUACGUUUCCUCCACCGGCUCUGAGAGCUAAGGGCGGGAGCAGGAAUAGAUACACAAGCACUCUUUUAAUGCAUGUUAAUUUUCUAUUUUUUAGUUAAUGUAUUUGCAGUGGUGCUUUAGCUUGCUCUGAAGCAGCAGCUAAAGAAGGCAUUUUUAUUUUUGACAUAAUUAUUAUUAUUAUUUGUUGUUUUUUAGGCCUUUUGGGUUUUUUUUCCAUUUUUGGUUAGCUGUUGUGCUUUUCUCCUCCAUCUUAAUAUGAAUACGCCUUUGGGUGGUAUCAACUCCAUACCUCGUUGCAUUAAUUCAAUAACAGCACACUCGUUUUCUUUUGUACAGGAAGCUAAUUACUAUGACUGCCUCUCAGUCCGGUGGACUUCAGUUUUUCUUUUUGAAUCAAAUAACCAGCAACAAAAUAUCUAUUUUUCAAUCCAGCCAUUAAUGGCUUUGAAACUGUUUUGGAAAUUAAGUGUCACAUUGUCCAUCUGCAGGAUAUUCUCAGCAAGGUGUUUUAUUGUUGGAUUGCAAGAGAGAGGGA